CUGAGGCGAGGCGGCUCUGCUCUUCCUCUUCACCAUAUUUAACCUCAAAACCCACGAAAUAAUUACGGCAAAAUGAAGUGUGCAGAAGUCAGGCAGAUGUUCUUUGACUACUUCCAGAAGCAGCAUAACCACACCUAUCAACACAGCUCUCCGACUAUUCCUCACGAUGACCCCACUCUGCUUUUUGCUAAUGCUGGCAUGAACCAGUUUAAGCCCAUUUUUAUAGGCAGUGUAGAUCCCAGCAGUGACAUGGCCAAUCUAGUACGUGCUGUUAACUCUCAGAAAUGCAUCCGUGCUGGUGGAAAACAUAAUGAUCUUGAUGAUGUUGGUAAGGAUGUGUAUCACCACACUUUCUUUGAGAUGUUAGGCAACUGGUCUUUUGGGGACUAUUUCAAGAAAGAGGUAUGUGCUUGGGCCUGGGAUCUUCUUGUUAACUGGUACAAGUUACCUAAAGAGCGUUUGUAUGUUACCUAUUUUGGGGGUGACAAAGAACAGGGCCUUGAGCCAGACUUAGAGUGUAAGCAGAUCUGGAUUGACUUGGGUAUACCAGAGGAUCGUGUAUUACCAGGAAAUAUGAAAGACAACUUUUGGGAAAUGGGUGAAACUGGGCCCUGUGGUCCUUGCUCUGAGAUUCACUUCGAUCGUAUUGGUGGACGUCAUGUAGCUCACCUUGUUAAUAUGGAUGACCCAGAUGUUUUGGAGAUAUGGAAUCUUGUAUUUAUGCAGUACAAUAGGGAAACAAAUGGUUCUCUGAAACCUUUGCCAAAAAAGCAUAUUGAUUGUGGCAUGGGUCUAGAACGCCUGGUGUCAAUACUUCAAAACAAGAGGUCUAAUUAUGACACUGAUGUUUUUGUACCAAUCUUUGAAGCCAUCCAAAAGUCAUCAGGUAGUAGGCCAUACUCUGGUAGAGUUGGUAAGGAUGAUGUUGAUGGAAUUGAUAUGGCUUAUAGGGUCUUAGCUGAUCAUAUACGAACAUUGACAAUAGCAUUAUCUGAUGGUGGCAUGCCAGACAAUACAGGAAGAGGUUAUGUCCUGCGCCGCAUUUUGAGGAGGGGUAUCCGUUAUGCCUCAGAGAAAAUAGGAAUGAAACCUGGAAUGUUUGCCAGUCUGGUUGAUGUGGUAGUAGAAUUAUUAAAAGAUGCUUUUCCAGAGGUAUCAAAAGACCCAGAGUACAUUAAAGAUGUAAUAAACGAAGAAGAAUUACAAUUUUUGAAAACUCUAGACAGAGGGCAGAAAAUGUUUGGGCGUACAAUAAGAAAACUAGAUGGGGCUCAGGUGGUACCAGGUGAUGUAGCAUGGAGACUUUAUGAUACAUACGGAUUCCCAGUUGAUUUGACCCAGUUAAUGGCUGAAGAGAAUGGUCUGACCGUUGAUAUGGUGAACUUUGAAGAAAAUAAAAAAGAGGCUCAGGAAAAGUCAAGAGGGGAGAAUAAGGACAAGGAUAAUUCAUUCAGGUUAGAUGUUCAUGCUAUUGAAGAUCUUAAGAACAGGGAAGUGCCUUUCACAGAUGAUAGUGUUAAAUUUACGUACAGUGCUGGGGAUUCACCAGAGUCAAGUUAUGAGUUCCAGCCUUGCAGUGGAAAAGUUAUUGCUAUUAGGUCCAAUAACCAGUUUGUAGACAAAGUUGCAUCUGGAAAUAGAUGUGGCAUUAUUCUUGACAAGACAAAUUUCUAUGCAGAAAGUGGCGGUCAGAUGUCUGAUGAAGGGUUCAUGGUUAAGAUGAAUGAUGAAGAGACAGAAUUUAAGGUUGAAUCUGUGGAAGUGAAAGGUGGCUAUGUUUGCCAUAUUGGUGUGGUGGAAGGUACAAUAAGUGUUGGUGAUGACAUGAAUCUGACUUUUGAUUGGGAACGCAGGAAGCACCUUAUGAAUAAUCACACAGGUACUCACAUUCUCAAUUAUGCUCUUCGGCAAGUGCUUUCUUCAGAGGCAGAUCAAAGAGGGUCCUUGGUGGCACCUGAUAGACUUCGAUUUGAUUUUACAAAUAAAUGUGCCAUGACUGUAGACCAAGUGAGGAAGACUGAAGAAAUUGCCAGAGAAAUGGUUAGAGAAAAUAAAAAGGUGUAUGCCAAAACUGCACCACUGUCUGUGGCAAAGAACAUUCAGGGUCUUCGUGCAGUGUUUGGCGAGGUGUACCCAGACCCCGUUAGAGUAGUUUCUGUGGGUAUCCCAGUUGAAACCUUAGAGGCUGAUCCACAUAGUCCAGCUGGAAGUAUUACCAGCAUUGAAUUUUGUGGUGGAACUCACCUCCUUCAAACUGGACAUGUAAGAGAUUUUGUUAUUGUCAGUGAGGAAGCUAUUGCUAAAGGAAUCAGAAGAAUUGUUGCCAUUACAGGUCCAGAGGCUAUUAAAGCUUUAAACAAAGCUUCACACCUAGAGAAUGAAGUCAAUAAGUUGAAGAAAAGGAUAGAAGGAAAUAAUCUUUCGUUCAGAGAAGUUGUUCGGCUUCUUACAGAUGUGUUAAAUGACAUUAAUCACGCUCAUAUACAGCACUGGAAGAAGGAAGAAUUGCGGAAGGCAGUUGAAGCCAUUAAGAAAGUUCAAGGAGAUGCUGAUAGGGCACAAAAAACUGCUGCAUCUAAGGAAGCCAUCCAGAUUACGAAGAAUUUGUUGGCAGCAAACUCAAACAUUCCAUAUUUAGUGACCGAAAUAAAAGCAUUUGCUCAAAAUAAGGUGGUUAAUGAUGCCUUAAAGGAAGUAAAGAAUGGGCCUCCAGCGCUCUUUAUCAGUGCUGAUGAAGACGCUAAUAAGAUUCUUGCUAUGGCAUCUGUACCACAAGAUAUAGUUGCUAAAGGCCUAAAAGCUGAUGAAUGGGUUAGAAAUUUGAUAACACUCUUGAAUGGCAAAGGUGGUGGUAAACCAGAGUCUGCUCAGGUGAGUGGCACCAAUGUUAAUGCCCUGAAAGAAGCAUUGGCUCUUUCUGAAAAAUUUGCUCAAGAAAAAUUGGGUGUUGGAACUGUGGUCCUAGCUGCCCCACAGCCAACUACUAAUGAUGUAAGCCAACCAAAGGAAGUUAAGAGAGAAAAAAUUGAACAGCAAAUUAUACAAAAAGUAACUCCUCAGGUCUCUAAAAAUGGAAUUGUGCUUCAUACGUAUGCUAACAAUGUCCGUGCAUUUCCAGCACUGAUAGCUGCUAAAUUUUCUGGGAAGGAGGUCACAGUUUCUCCAAAUUUCAAGGCAGGGGUAACAAAUGUUUCAGAGGAAUAUAUUUCUCGAUUUGGCUCAAGUAUAGUGCCUGGCUUACAAACUCCAGAUGGGCCCCUAAGUGGAAGUAUAGCUCCUGCCUGGUACCUUGCAUCUGAACAAUUUGGGAGGUUCUAAUGCGGUUACCAAGGGCAAAUAUUAAGUUGGAUGUCAUCAGCUGACUCUCUCCUUUUUACCAGUUGUGUUUUUCUGGGAUGGUGCCAUCUCAGGCUAAGUCCAAGAAGGGAAGUAAUGCAGGUGAUGCUUAUGGAGCUGCUAUGAAGGAGAUGCAGAAACUUAAUGUUUAUCUUCGGGAUCAUACCUUUCUGGUUGGAGAGAGACUGUCGCUUGCUGAUAUAAGUGU